AAACCCCUUCAUUGUACUCCCGAGUACCACCACUCUCUCUGAACUUUGAUGGCGUUAUCAUUUCUUGGCGUUCCUAACUUGCUCUCUCCUACACUUCCAACUUCAUCCACCGUAAAGCUCCAACACUUCCACAAACCCACACGCACACACUUCUUUCGUCCCCUCUCCCACCCCUUCGUCCGGGUCCGGGCCCCGUGGGCCAUUGGGCCCGAUGGCAAGUUCUACCCAAGCCCAGCCGACGACGACCCACCGGAAGCCGCAGAGGAUUCCUCCCACGGCUUCUCCACCUUCCAACAAAUCCAACGCCAAGCCGAACGCGCGCGCCAAAUCGAAGAAGAAGACUACAAGAACAACCAAGCCACGUACCUCGCCGCCAUCGCCGACGUCGAAGACGCUCCCGACGCCGACGCCUUCGACUCCUCCGAGGACGACCUCUUCGGCGAAAUCGACAAAGCCAUAGCCCUCAAGCGCAAGGAAUUCGUCUCCCAAGGCCUUCUCGAACCUAAUCCACCGAAACAAGACCAACUCACCGCCGUCGACGAACUCCAACCGGAGGAGCUCGGCGAUUUGGACGAAAUCGAACGCCUCCAGGGACUCACCGGUAACGGUGACGGAGGUUUGACCGAAUCUCCGUUUGAAUUCGAUUUAGACAGUUACGGGAAAAGUAAGGUUAGAAUAGUGGAAGGGAAGUUCAAGAUGAGUUUGGCUGAACUUUUAGACGAUACUAAAGUCGUCCCUGUGUCUGUUUCCGGUGACCUAGAAGUCGAAAUCACCGGAAUUCAGCACGAUUCGAGAAUUGUUACUUCGGGUGAUUUGUUUGUGUGUUGCGUUGGACGGAAAAACGAUGGACAUAUGUUUCUGUCUGAGGCUGAUAAGAGAGGUGCGGUUGCUGUUGUGGCUAGUAAAGAGAUUGAUAUUGAGGAUACUUUGGGGUGUAAGGCUUUGGUUAUUGUGGAAGAUACGAAUGCUGUUCUUGCUAAGUUGGCUGCGUCGUUUUAUAAACAGCCUUCGACUAAAAUGGCUGUGAUUGGGAUAACUGGGACUUAUGGCAAAACGACCACCACCUAUUUGAUUAAAAGUGUGUAUGAAGCUAUGGGGCUGCGCACUGGGAUGUUUAACUCGGUUGCUUCUUAUGUCCAUGGGGAUAAUAAGUUGGAGUUGCAAAACAUGGUUUCUGAUGCUGUUUUGGUUCAGAAUUUGAUGGCAAAGAUGGUUCUCAAUGGGACCGAGGCGGCAGUCAUGGAGGCGAGUGGUGAGGGGUUGGGAGAGGGGAAGUAUGAGGAGGUUGAUUUCGAUGUUGCGGUUUUCACUAAUUUGAGUCCGGAGAAGGAGGGUGAUAGAGACGCGCAGGCUAAGUUGUUUGCGAGGAUGGUGGAUCCGGAUAGGCAUAGGAAGGUUGUUAACUUGGAUGAUCCGAAUGCGCCUUUUUUCGUGGCGCAAGGGAGCCAGGAAGUUCCUGUUGUGACGUUUGCCAUGGAGAAUAAGGAUGCGGAUGUUCAUCCUUUGAAGUUUGAGCUUUCUUUGUUUGAGACACAGGUGUUGGUUAAUACUCCCACGGGUAUACUGGAGAUUUCAUCCGGUUUGCUUGGGAAGCAUAAUAUUUACAACAUUCUUGCGGCUGUGGCAGUUGGGAUUGCGGUUGGGGCGCCCUUGGAGGACAUUGUUAGAGGGAUUGAGGAGGUUGAUGCAGUUCCUGGGAGGUGUGAGUUGAUUGAUGAGGAACAAGCGUAUGGGGUGAUAGUAGACUAUGCCAGUACUCCUGAUGCAUUGUCUAGAUUGCUUGAUUCUGUAAGAGAGCUUGGACCUCGCAGGAUCAUAACUGUCAUUGGAUGCUGUGGUGAGGACGACAGGGGUAAGAGACCCAUGAUGACCAAGAUAGCAACAGAUAAAAGUGAAGUGACCAUGCUGACAUCUGACAAUCCCAAGAGUGAAGAUCCAUUGGAUAUAUUGGAUGAUAUGCUAGCUGGGGUGGGAUGGACAAUGCAGGACUACCUGAAAUAUGGAGAGAAUGACUAUUAUCCACCUCUUCCAAAUGGUCAUAGACUUUUUCUCCAUGACAUUAGGAGGGUGGCUGUGCGAGCUGCGGUUGCAAUGGGAGAAGAGGGAGAUGUGGUUGUAGUCGCUGGUAAAGGCCAUGAAACAUAUCAAAUAGAAGGUGAAAAGAAGGAUUUUUUUGAUGAUAGAGAAGAGUGCCGAGAGGCAUUGCAGUAUGUUGACGAGCUUCACCAAGCUGGAAUUGAUACAAGUGAAUUUCCAUGGAGGUUGCCAGAGAGCCAUUGAUUUUGAUAGUUAAGGCUGUUGUGACAAAUAAUGGGUUGUUCUGGACUGUUUGCAACUUAGAAGAAAAGGGCCUUUGCUUUGCGUGAUUAGAGGGCUUUCCAAAAAUAUGGCCUUCAGAUUCCAUCCAGCCAAAUAUUGCACAGUAGGCUUAGUACAGUUUAUCCAACCGUUUCUUUUUGUUUAUACAAAUGUAGUCAUAAUUUUUUAUCUUCCUUUCUUUUUCCCUUUCUCCGAUGUUCUUUUCCAAUGUAAUUCUACGUCUUCUAACUAAAUUAAUGCAAUAGUUAGCUUCCUCUUUCUUCACUCUGUAUAACAAAUUCAGUCUUUAUUGUUAGAGGAGGGAUACUUCUCACGGGCAUUUUUCUUAUAUACUAAUACGUUCUGUAUUUACUGUA